AUGGCUGCCUCUGUUGACCCACUUGUUGUGGGUCGCGUAAUUGGUGACGUCGUAGAUAUGUUCAUCCCAUCAGUCAGCAUGUCCGUGUACUUCGGAUCCAAGCAUGUGACUAAUGGGUGUGACAUAAAGCCAUCCAUUGCAGUCAACCCUCCCAAAUUGACUCUUACUGGAAACAUGGACAACCUUUAUACCUUGGUUAUGACGGAUCCUGAUGCACCAAGCCCCAGUGAACCAAGCAUGCGUGAAUGGAUCCACUGGGUUGUGGUAGACAUUCCUGGUGGGACAAACCCCUUUCGUGGAAAAGAAAUCGUGCCAUACACUGGACCAAAGCCACCUGUGGGAAUUCACCGCUUCAUCUUUGUGCUCUUUGAACAGAAAGGACCAAUGGGUCCAGUGGAGCAGCCAGAAAGCCGGGGGAACUUCAACACUCGCAAGUUCGCCAAGGACAUGGACUUGGGUCUCCCUGUGGCCACAGUUUACUUCAAUGCUCAGAAGGAACCUGCAACAAGGAGACGCUGA